UCUUUCUACUCAUCAGUCUUAGUAUCCAACUACCGUUUUCUGUCAUUCUUCCAGAAACCAACCCCCUCACAAAUAAUCACCAUGGCUCCCAAGAUUGCUAUCGUCUUCUACUCGAUGUACGGCCACAUCCAGCAGUUGGCCGAGGCUGAGAAGAAGGGUAUUGAGGCUGCUGGCGGCUCUGCCGACAUCUACCAGGUCGCUGAGACUCUUCCUAAUGAUGUCCUGGCUAAGAUGCACGCUCCUCCCAAGUCCAGCUACCCCGUCGUCGAGCCCAACACUCUGCUCGAGUACGAUGCUGUUCUCUUCGGUAUCCCCACCCGUUACGGUAACUUCCCUACCCAGUGGAAGGCAUUCUGGGACCAGACCGGUGGGAUCUGGGCUUCCGGUGGCUACUGGGGCAAGUACGCCGGUCUCUUCAUCUCCACUGGUACCCAGGGUGGUGGUCAGGAGUCCACUGCUCUUGCUUCCAUGAGCACCCUCGCUCACCACGGUUUCGUCUACGUCCCUCUCGGCUACAAGACCGUCUUCGGCCAGCUGGCCAACCUGAACGAGGUCCACGGUGGCAGCCCCUGGGGUGCCGGUACUUUCGCUGGUGCCGACGGUUCCCGCCAGCCUUCCGCUCUCGAGCUCGAGAUUGCCCAGGCUCAGGGCAAGGCCUUCUACGAGCACGUCUCCAAGCACACCUUCGCUUGACUACAUGGCAGCGAGCAGACCCAGUCGGAGUCGCGUGCCGCAGCCCAGCCGCAGCAGAAGACCGAGACAGAGAAGUCUGCGCCUCAACCUGCACAAAACGGACAAAGCACCCAGGCAGCGACCCGGGAGGAGAAGAGCAAUGAGGGACCUUGUGGCCUGCCCAAGAAGUGUGUCAUCCAGUAGAAACCCGAAUUGCUUAGUAUCCUACCGGUUCUCUGCUCUGUAACUGGGCUUGCUUUUGUUUCUGUUUCGGUUGGUAUGGCGUUGGGUUAUAAAGGGAGGGGAUUUCAAGAACAUAAUUCACGUGAUACACCAGACUUCGGUCUAACUAGAGAAUGAAUGAUAAUAUAUUCG